GCUGGAUUUAAGAGCCGGUCGAGUCAAGAAGGCGUCAACUUCUAAGGCCUGGAAAAGGUUCGCAAGAAGGCAGCGAGGGAACAUCAAACAUGGGAAGAUCUCUGCUCCACAUCGAGAUAACACGGUUGAGGGGUCAAGAGUAUUCGCUGGAGUCAGCGUGAGAUCUGUCGAAGUCCGAGGCAAGGAUGGCUACGCAAGAGGAGGACUGGCGAAUCGCUCGUAGAGGAAUUUCUUUACUCCUCAACAAUAAGACCGAGGAAGCCGAGGCCCUCUUCACGAAGCAUCCCCACAGCUUUCACAUAAAGGCUGGGAAAUGCUUCGUCCUUUUCAUGAAUGCUCUUAUGACAUUCGAGGAGGACAAGCUGCAGCAUGCUGUUCAGGUCCUCAGGGACACGGAGAAAGAAUGCGCCGGAGAUAUUGGAUGGCUCAAGUCUGUCAGAAGUAAAGUCUUUGGGUCCGAAACCGAAGAGGAUGACUAUUCAAAGAGGCUGGAACGGCAGAUCGUGUUGGCAGACUCCCAAGUGUGUGCAGCGAUGCUGGUCCUUUUGCAGCAAGAGUUGGGGGGCUAUGUAAGGGGUGGCUGGAUGCUGCGUAAAGCCUGGAGGGUUUAUCAGCACACGUAUUUGCAGAUCUCUCAGAUGUAUCGUCGAACUUUCGGUCGCAGUCCAUCAGGUUUCGGACUAGGCCGGAAUGAGCCCAUCAACGGCGCUUCCGCGCUUCAAAGUCCAAUAAGUCCAUCCUCGGAGUGGUCGAUUCCAUCGUGCAACGGCUCGACAAGUGGCCCGACUUCCAGUGCCUCUCCGUCAGGUCUGCGAAGCUCUCUAUCAAUGUUCUUCUCGCUCACUGGCAUCACAACUGAACAACAGACACCAUUCGUGGAACCAGCGGAGGUGGCCCGGUUGAUGUCUGCAGUGAGCUUUGGCUAUGGAGUCUUCCAACUGUGUGUCAGCCUUUUGCCACCGUCACUGCUUAAACUUGUCCACCUUUUGGGGUUUGAGGGUGAUCGACAAGCCGGAGUAGCAGCACUCCUUUAUGCCAGACGCAGUGAAGACAUGCGAGCACCUCUUGCUACGCUGUCGCUUCUGUGGUAUCACACCAUCGUUAGGCCAUUCUUCGCUUUGGAUGGCUCGAACGUUAAGGCUGGAGUCGAGACAGCAGAACAACUGAUCUUGGAAUGUCAGUCGGAGUUCCGAGACUCUGCACUCUUUCUCUUCUUCACCGGUCGCGUAGAACGACUGAAGUCCACUGUAGACGCAGCUUUAGUUGCUUAUGGAAGAGCAGUCGAAGCCUCUACGCAGAGGGAAGUAAAGUUACUCUGUUUACACGAAGUGGCCUGGUGUCAUCUCAUCAGGUUGGACUUCACGGAAGCGCAUCAGUCUCUUGCUCAGCUUCAGAGACAGUCAAGAUGGUCCAAGAGUUUUUAUGCCUACUUGGCUGCAGUCUGUUCCGGAGCCGACGGAAAUAUCGCCGAUCUCCUGGCUACCUACCAUCAGUUGAUUAAACUCAUCUCUGGAUUCCCUAGAGACACGCAACUCGGCGCAUUCAUUUUGAGGAGAGUGCCAAAACUCGUCGAUGAGCUCACUGACAAAACUCACGAAGCGAUCUACUACCGAUUAUUAGUUUACGAGUUGUUGUACCUUUGGAACGCGAUGCCAUCCUGUUCCAUGGGGUCAUUAAAUAUGAUCCUCGCAGAUUGCGAACAGGCGAGGAAUAGAGAACCGAUGGUAGGCCUCGCAGACCUUCUUUCUGGAGCAGCCUAUUCUUAUAUCGGCCAGUUGGAUGUUGCUGCUGAGAGCUACCGCAGGUGCCUGAAACGACGUUCUCCACAAACCAGGUCGGAUGCUGAGGAAGAUCGACAUGUCGGAGCUUAUGCCUUGUACGAGCUAGGAAGCACCCUGUGUAGCCUCAACGCGAUCGAGGAUGGGAGGAAUGCUUUGGUGAAAGCGCAGUCGCAGUACAGGGAUUAUGAUUUCGAGAGUCGACUGAACGUGAGGAUACACUCGGCCUUGAAAAGUUUGCAUUGAGAUUAGAGGAUAAACAAAUUCUGAGUUAUUGGAAAUCUGCUGAGGGAGCUGUCAGUGCUGCGUAUGAAAACUUGUCAUCUGCGUCAGCUGAUCACUUACUUCGAAUGGAAGUCACAUCGGAGUUACUUGACGUCUCUUUACAUCUCCAAUCUCUCGACUGGAUGCAGAAGCAAUUUAUAUUAGACUACGUUCAGAGACCAGAAAAAUUCUAGCGACGAAGUGGAAGAAAUACGUAUUUUUUACCAAAGUACAGGUUUACGAUUAACACACUGCAGUGUUAUGUACCUAAGGGGUAACAAUCGAUCCAUUAGAAAAAAAAUUAGUCGAUAGUAAUUAUCGAGAGCGUGGAACGAACGUAAGGAGACGAAUGUCCGAGCUGAAUUUUGUUUUUCAGCGGCCUACAAUAGACCUGCUUUUUUUUUACAAACAAGAAGCGACGCAGUAGAUUAAAAUAGACAUUCCUAUUGUAUCAUUCCCACGUGUACAUUGGUUGAUUUAUAUAAAGUUUUCAUUGUAAAGGAA